AAUAGCAACGAGAAUACCUUAACUCAACACGAUCAAGUUAUUCGUUGUUUUAAUUUCUUUUCAUUUAUUACAUGGCAAGAAAUAAAAUGAAGGUUAGCUUAAUUUUGAGUCUUUCUUUACUUCUAUGCCUCGUUAACAUCGAACAAUGUCACGGAGGGGAAGGAGAUGUUCUUUUGAAAUUUCUAGAGACACGACCGACGAAACAAUUGUUUACAACUAAUGUCAGUGAAGGUCAAGUGGAAGCUGAGGAAAGGGUUAAUUCAGCAUUUGGAUCCUUAAUAGGUCAGAAAGGGUCCAAGGAAGAUGAUAAAAUAUCAAAAUUAACCGGGCAACCAAGUGGGGUGAAUUUUGAUCAAUAUUCAGGAUAUGUUACUGUUGAUGCCGAUGCUGGCAGAGCUUUGUUCUAUUACUUCACUGAAUCAACUCAAGACUCUACUAACAAGCCUCUUGUCUUAUGGUUGAAUGGAGGUCCGGGAUGUUCAUCAUUUGGAAAUGGAGGAAUGGCCGAAUUGGGACCUUUUCGAGUAAACAAUGAUGGAAAAACCUUGUGGCUCAAUGAAUUUGCUUGGAAUAACGUGGCAAAUAUACUCUUCUUAGAAUCACCUGCUGGGGUUGGAUUUUCUUACUCUAAUCGAUCAUCAGAUUAUGUAACUGGAGAUAAACGUACUUCUGAAGAUAGCUAUACUUUCCUAAUCAAUUGGAUGGAAAGAUUUCCUGAAUAUAAAAACAGGGAAUUUUACAUCGCUGGUGAGAGUUAUGCUGGACAUUAUGUACCUCAACUCGCACAACUUAUCCUUUCCCAUAAGAAAACCGAUCCCCAUCAUGUCAUUAACUUGCAAGGAAUUGCAGUAAGUGUUGCCUUCAAUAGAACUAUUACUCCCUUUUUCAGUUUAUCCAUACAUGCAAGUUGGCAAGAUUCACCUGAUACGGUUUUACCAAUCUUUCAAGAGCUUAUGCAAAGUGGGAUUAGAGUUUGGAUAUAUAGUGGAGAUACAGAUUAUAUAGUAUCAGUGACAACAAGUAGGUAUGCCAUAGACAAAAUAAAAACACCGAUCAAGAAAUCAUGGUACCCCUGGUACUUCGAAGGCGAGGUUGGUGGUUACGCUGUUGAAUACCAAAACUUAACAUUUGUGACAGUAAGGGGAUCAGGGCAUUUUGUCCCUGGAUAUCAACCUGGUCGUGCUUUGACCAUGUUUUCAUCCUUCAUCAAUGGCACGCUUCCUCCUGAAUAUAAUAAAUAAACAACAUGUAGGUUGUUGAUUAUUGAGAUCAAAAUAAAUAGCAAAGAUUUGUUUGCAAUUUAAACAAGAGUAGAACUUAUUAAUAAUGUUUCUCAGAUUUAAUUUAGAUAACAAUAAGAUUUGUUGUUGUGUUGACAAAGUUUGCAUUUAUACAA